UUAUAGCCGACCAUAUGGUGUGAAAUAACAAUACGAAGUUAGACGGUCCAACAUUAUCUCAGUCUGGAUCCGAGGCUCCUCCCUCCGUGCGUGCGGGGCUCGAUUUGAUCAAAUCCGUCAACUUGGACCACUUAGACUGAGCCGCACUUUUUUUUUUUACAACACCGCAUUUGAGCAACGCCACAACUUGCGCCGCAGUUCCUCCUCCUCCUCCUCCGUCGACGAGUGUCAGUUCAGUCCCCGAGAAGACAAAAGAGAAGAGUGCGGAACAGGACCUCUUCUCGCAUCCACAGCACACCAAAUCUGCCCGCCAGCAAUGGAGAGGGAGGUCAUAUCUUGUCCGAAGUGGCACCGUGCGCUUUGGUUUCUGCUUUUCAACAUGCUUUUCCUCUCCCACGCCGCUCAAGCUGAGAUAACUUGCAGGUCGUGCCACCUGGGAAAUAAGUGGGGUGCACGGGAAUUACUGCCGAAUUUUAAAUUUCGCGAAGCUGCCACGGAAUUAAGGGGAGAAGUUUUUGGAUACGGAGACGGGCCGGGGAGAUCCGGGGCCGCGAGUGCCGAAAGUCGGAGGCUCCGUUGCGCAGGAGGCUCCGCUGAACGCGGUCCAGAGCGCGCAGGAUGCACGGAGCCGAGGCUGAAAAGGAAUACAGACAGCCGGCUGCACGCAAAGGGCGAAUUUAGUGAGAGCGAGUUUGCGAAGGUAAAAGUUUCUCGCGUCAAAACGAAUGGCCAGCGGAAGACCCGCGACGGCGCAGGUGGACCCUCCGCCACCCGGUACGCAAAGCGCGCCAAAAGGAGCAGUAAUGAUGAUGAAUCCAGACCCGCCGGCUCGGCCCAGAGUCAGGACCCGGGAGUGGGCACGAUCCCGGCGGCCGGGCGCAGAGUGAUGCGCUCUGAAUUGCGCUGGAGCGGAGACGAGAGGAGAGCCGCCGGUCCAAGGCAGGAGGAGCUAAAACUUAACAGUUCAACGUUCGCUUUGACCGGGGAUUCAUCUCACAACCAGGCUAUGGUGCACUGGUCCGGCCAGAACAGCAGUGUGAUUCUGAUGCUGACCAAACUAUUUGACUUCAACCUCAACAGCGUGACUGAAAGUUCAUUAUGGAGGUCAACUGACUACGGAGCAACGUACCAGAAGCUGAAUGACAAAGUAGGAGCAAAGACAAUACUCAGCUAUCUGUAUGUGAGCCCUAACAACAAGAGAAAGAUCAUGCUGCUAACUGAUCCAGAGGUGGAGAGCAGUCUGCUUAUCAGCUCUGAUGAAGGAGCCACCUACCAGAAGUACAGACUGAAUUUCUACAUCCUCAGCUUGCUCUUCCACCCUGAGCAGGAGGACUGGAUUCUGGCCUACAGCCAUGACCAAAAGCUCUACAGCUCGGUGGAGUUUGGGAGGAGAUGGCAAGUCGUGCAUGAAAGAGUGGCUCCCAAUCGUUUCUACUGGUCGAAAAUGGGUUUGGACAAAGAGCCGGGCCUAAUUCACCUGGAAACCAGCAUCUCUGAAGGACAGGCGCUGUAUGUCACCUGCAAGCUGCAGAACUGCACAGAUGCCAACAAGGGCAAACCAUUCCCCGGCUACAUUGACCCCAAUUCUCUGGUGGUGCAAGAUGAGUAUGUUUUUGUCCAGGUGUCAACGGCAGGGAGGCCAAUCUACUAUGUGUCUGCUAAAAGAGAUGUCUUCACACCCAUGAAGCUGCCCAAGUACACUCUGCCUAAGGACUUGCAUGUGAUCAGUACAGAUGAAAACCGCGUGGUUGCAGCUGUGCAGGAGUGGAACCAGAAUGAAACCUACAACCUGUACGUGUCGGACACAUCGGGGGUCUACUACACACUGGCUCUGGAGAACGUGGUCAGCAGUAUGGGCCCAGAGGGCAACGUAAUGGUCGACCUCUAUGAGGUGGCGGGAAUAAAGGGGAUGUUCCUAGCCAACAGGAAAACGGACAACCAAGUGAAGACGUACAUCACCUACAACAGAGGCAGAGACUGGAGGCUACUGCAGGCCCCGGGCAAAGACCUGAGGGCCAACAGUAUCCACUGUGAGCUACCAUACUGUUCGUUACAUCUCCAUCUCCAUGUGUCUGCAAAUCCCUACACAUCUGGAAACAUAGCCAGCAGGGAGUCAGCGCCGGGGAUCAUUGUCGCAUCAGGCUCCAUUGGCUCAGAGCUGACCACCAGCAACGUCAGCGUGUUUAUCACCUCGGAUGCAGGAAACACAUGGCGACAGAUCUUCAAUGAGGAGUACGCAGUGCUGUAUCUCGACCAAGGAGGCGCGUUAGUCGCAAUAAGACACACGCCGCUUCCCAUCCGGCACCUGUGGUUGAGCUUCGAUGAAGGACGACAGUGGAACAAGUACAGUUUCACCAGCUCUCCUCUGUUUGUGGACGGGGUGCUGGGAGAGCCCGGGGAGGAGACGCUCAUCAUGACGAUAUUCGGCCACGUCAGUCAUCGCUCGGAGUGGCAGCUGGUAAAAAUAGACUUCAGGUCCAUCUUCAACAGGAGGUGUACGGAGGCGGAUUAUCAGACGUGGCACCUACACAACCAGGGAGAGCCGUGCCUCAUGGGGGUGAAAAGAAUCUACAGAAAGCUGAAGCCCACAUCCAGGUGUGUUAUGGGAAAGACAUACUCUGUGUCCAUGACGUCGGGCCCCUGUGAAUGCACGGAGGCUGAUUUUGAAUGUGAUUACGGCUAUGAGAGACGGACGAAUGGCAAGUGCACCCCCGCCUUUUGGUUCCAUCCAUCAUCGAUGUCCAGGAGUUGCACCAUGGGGAUGACAUUCCUUAACAGCACUGGCUACAGAAAAGUGGUGUCUAAUAACUGUACAGCUGGAGUCAGCAUGGAGUACACAGCCAGAAGGCAGCAGUGUCCCAUCCAAGCACCCAGAGGUCUCCACCUGGUCACCAGCGAGGGCACGCUGACAGCUACACUGGGAACCAAUGUCACCUUCCUUGUUUUUCUUGAGGAGGGCGACGGGGCGAGGACGAGCAUCACGCUGGACUUUGGCGACGGCCAUGCUGUGACCUACUCCAACGUGAGCUCCAUUGAGGACGGGAUCAAACACAUCUACAAAACCGUGGGGAUCUACCGGGUGACCGCCACCGGGGAGAACAGCCUCGGCUCUGAGACUACCAUGCUCUACCUGCAUGUAACAUGUCAGCUGGAGUAUAUCCAUCUCUCAGCUCCCUUUGUGGCGGUGAGGAAUAAGGAAGUGAACCUGACUGCUGUUCUGUGGCCCAGCCAAGUGGGAACGGUCACCUACAUAUGGUGGAUUGGAAACAACACCGAGCAGCCAGUAAUCACCCUAGAGGGAAGUGUGUCAUGCACGUUCCCCCGGGAAGGCAUCAGUACAGUUACUGUGCAGGUGUCUGUAGGGAAUUCCAUUCUGCAGGACAGGAAAACCAUCGCCGUCCACGAAUAUUUCCGGUCACAUCUGCUUGCCUUUUCAUCCAACCUGGACGACCACAACCCUGAUGUUGCCGAAUGGAGGCUGGAUGUGAGCCGAGUCAUCAGGAACUCUCUGAUCCAGGCCACAGGUGUGAGAGAGGAUCAGCUUCUGGUCACCGUCCUCCCAGGAUUACCCACCGCAGCAGAGUUUUUCCUCCUCCCCGACAAGCAGUUAACUGAGGGGAAACCAGACAAGAGCUCCGUUCAUUUAGAUCAGCUCUCCGAGGUUCUGCUUGGCGCCUUAAAUCAAAACCUUGUCCAGUUCACGUUGCGGCCAGGGGUCCAAGUCACCGUGUAUGCAGCGCACCUGUCAGCAGCACCCCUAGUGGACACAAGCGAAAACCACAGUGGCUCUGCCAUGCUAAUGCUGCUAUCGGUAGUGGUUGUGGGUUUAGCUGUGUUUGUCAUCUACAAAUUCAAGAGGAAGAUCCCAGGCCUCAACGUCUAUGCGCAGAUGCAGAACGAAAAAGAACAAGAAAUGAUGAGUCCAGCUAAUCCAACAGAGGCCCCGUCCAGCUCGCAGCGGGACUUGGUGCAUUCUUUGGAGAUUCUGGACACAGAGUUUAACUCACGGCCCAUCGAGGUGAAAUGGUCCAGUCGAGGGGGGGACGAGAGCUAAACAAAGACAUGAUGUGUAAAACCUCAUGUACAUGUGAAAUUCUCCACAGAACUCCCCACGUACAUCGUCUAAAUUCUUGGACUGGAUUCCCACUCCAGGUGUAUCAUGGAUAUUUUUUACCAUUUGGGACACAAUGGUUUUGAGCUUUAUACCUGUGCAUGUUGGACCCUGCUUACACAUACUGUGCUCUGUUCAAACCAGAAGAAACUGUGUACAGGUUUUAAGUUUUCUUUUAACAUGCUUUAUGUCGGAUAAAUUCAACAUUUUAAGAAUUCUAUUUAUUUAUACAAGUCAGAUGCAUAAUUUAGAGGGAGUGCUCGCAUGAAAUAGAGAAGGGGGAAAAAAGAAAUGAGCAACGCUGUCUUGGUUUCGCUGACAUCUCUGAGAUUGUUUUGCUGUUCUAUAAACCUAACAGCAGUAGAGUAUUAUUUAUUCAUAUGAAUAUACUUUUAUGAAGUAUGUUAUUGAAGUAAAUUACACAUUCAUUUUGUAAAUCA